ACGUCACGCAACACGAGACAAACAUGGAGGGAAAGACUGAGGACGCGUCCUCAACAGCGCCAAAACCUCUUACACCUGCUCAGACACGGCUCCUUAAAAGACAGCAGGAACUGGAGCACUGGAAGAGGCACUCAAAACAACUGCGAAGCCGUAAUUUGAUCACGGGCCUGACCAUCGGAGCCUUUGUGCUAGGCCUAUUCAGCUACACCAUUCUCUCAGUCAGGCAGGAGAGAAGCAUGGAUGAGAUUGAUGAUGAGGCAAAGAUCAUCGUCAUGAAAGGCCCUCGGACGGGGGCCAACUCUUAGAUGCUCCUCUGUCUCACUGAUGCCAACUUUCUAAUGUUGGCAGGGCAGUUAUCUUUUGUCUUCAUGUUUGAGACUAGAUCUCUUGAUACAUUAUCAAUGAACAUAUUUUCCGGUAGCCACAUUAUAUGGCACAAAGCAAAAUGCCCUCAUGAACUUGUUAACUAGUGUUUUUUCACUAACAAAUGAUUUCAUUUUAAUCAUUCCUUGUCUGCCUUUUCUUACGUUAGUUGCUGUAACUUAAAAAUAAAACAAAAAUGGAUAUUGAA